UUCAUAGCUGAGCCUUAGUUACAUUGAUCAGCGGUUUACAAUAUCAGACAAAAAGUCUCCCAUACAGAGCAUAUAAACGCUGUUUUCUUUGAUUUUUUAAGAAUUUGUACCUUUUUCCCUGAAGAAAUGUCUAAUUCUGAAUACAGUAGUGAUGAAGAAGACGAGGAUUACGUACCAGGUGUGGAAAGUGCUAGCGAUGACGAGGGGCUAGAGGAUAUAGAUGAAGAUGGUGAAGUGAAAGUAAAAACCAAAGAAAAAAAAAAGACAGUCACAAAAAAGAAGCGAAAGGGAGGGAUUCAGCUAGAAGAUGAAGUUGAUGAUGACAAUGAUGAUGAUGAAGUUGAUCUAGAUGCUACAACAGCUGAAGAGUUGGCUAAAAAGAAGAAGGAAAAAGAGGAAGCUGAAAAGAAAACUCGUGUUGAGGAUUUAUGGGCCUCGUUUAAAAAAGAGACAGAAGCUGUCAGACCUAAAAGUACUGUUGCUUCAUCUGGAUCAAAGUUGACCAAAAGCACUGAAAAACUCCAAAGGCAAUCACCAUCAGUUGCAGCAUCCACGAAACCAGCUGCUCAAAGUACAUCUGCACAAAAAGUUACUAUCACAAAAACAUAUGACUUUGCUGGAGAGGCAGUCACGGUGACAAAAACUGUGGAUGCUGAAUCAUCUGAGGCUAAGCAACAGUAUAAGUCUGAGAAAGAAGUAACAACACCAGCAGGGCUGGCUGGAUUAUCGGCACCUGCUCCUGCAAAAAAGUCUGAUCCCUCUAGUAUGGGGGGUCUACUUAGCGGGGCAAAACGAAAAGGUGGGCUUGGAAGUGUUUUGGGUCAGAUUGGCAAGAAACCUAAGAUAAGCACUCUGGAGAAGUCCAAACUUGACUGGGAGACCUUCAAGGCUGAAGAGGGUAUUGAGGAUGACUUGAAAAACUAUAACAAAGAUGGUUACCUUGAAAAGCAAGACUUUCUUCAGAGAACAGAUGUAAGAUUAUUUGAGAGAGAGAAGGCUGCAAGGCAGGGAUCAAGAAAAUUGUAAAAUGGAAUAUCACUCUUAUUUUGUUACUCUUUUGCAUUUUACUUAUACAUUUAUCUAGUUGUCAUCUUUAAAAAUAAGGCAACAUUCUGUGUGUACUAUAGACCUACAAAUGUAUUUUUCAGAUUUUACUGUUUUCCCCCCAUUAGAAUUAAAUGCUGAAACAAA